AGUCUGACCCUGAGUCGAGACCUUGACGCCACUUGAAUCGGAUUGUGUUUUUGCGUUAUUGAAAUGCAGUCCGAAUUUACUGGGACUACAUGUUACACACUAUCAUUCUAAUGCUUUCGUAUAACUAGAACAUAUCAGGUAAUAAAUUAUGGGGAAUGUCAUGCCUUGAUUCCCAUAUCUCAUAAACUCAAAAUAUUAGUCAAGUCAAUGUCAGUUAACUAGGUAACUGAAGUUGAACAAAUUAAAUUUUAAACAAACAUUCAUUAAGAUCACGGACGCUAUUCGUUGAUUAGGAUAUUUGAUGGCACGAUGUGCCGAGAAACGAGUUUGAAUUUGAAGUUUUUUCCUACUCUGCUAAUCUACAUUUCCUCCUCAAAUCAUGUGUUCUAUGCCAGUCUGUUGUAUUACCACCAAUACUGUCACUAUCCCCACUGUGGAAUUCGGCCCGACGAUUUCUUCAUUGCUAAUAUGGUGUGACAGUCUGAACCGAUACUCACGUGCCAGAUUCUAGGUUGUAUGUAACUGAAUGGUUAAAUUUAUUUCAACUUAAAACAUAAUGCUGCCGUUGAGUAGCGUUUUUGUACAUCGUAACUAAGUCUCUCACAGUCUACUUUGGUAAAUGUACCAAAAAACUAACUUUGGUUUGUAAUUGUAUCCAUAUCAGUUUCAGUUUAGAAAGGACAGGAGGCUUGAUGGUCUGUGUUAGUGAAUAAUUUACUUACCAGUCAUGUGUGUGAUUUCGUAUCCGCACUCGCAUUCGACUGUGUUUGUUUAUUUUUUCCCGCAUUUCCUUGUGAGUUUGAUAAUACAUUGGUCAUUUUCAUACUAUCCAACAUUAAUCGCUUAACUGUACUGGUGAAACAUCCUUUUUUUUCAGGCUCAGAAAAUGCUUCCGAACGAAUUCCUAGUUCUGUUAUAUAUAUUCUGUGCAGCUUCAUUCAUCAGUUUUUACGUUGGAGAUCAGUAAGACAGAUCAUUCUCAAUGUAACAUUCACAGAUUCUUGAUUUUAUUGUGCUUUCAUUAUUCUUUGUGCAAAGUAUUUUCUCGAGUUAGCAGCAACAGUUUGUAAGCAUUUUUAAAAUGUGAAUUGUGUAGGUUGCUUGUGAUCACAUUAGGCACUAUACUUAUGGCUGAAAUAAUGGCUUUGAGAACUUUGUUGCCGCUAAUAUGGUAAUUUCAGUUUUUACGGACACCUUAUCAUCCAGGAGUGCUCCAGUCAAUUUGUUGUACAUACUACUCAUUAACUGCUUCCUCUGCCAUUAUUUAGUGUGGUCUGUGUUAAAGUUUUCUCUUGCUAAUAUUGAACGUGAGGUUAGUCCCUAUUGUUUACCAUCAGUUAGUAAUAGGUUCUUGAAAUUCCAACUUUCAGUAGCUUACCAACAAUAUGUUGUCUACUGAUCACGAUGCUGGGCUUCGGUCAUUGGAAAAAACAUUUGACUUCACUAACAUGCUUUCUUGGGUAACACUUGAUGUAAUUUCUAGUUUUUUAGUGUGCCUACUUUGUGGCUGUGCUCCAGAUAUAAACCGGAAAAACAUCUUGAAGUCCUUUGGAAGUCAUUCAUGGAGGCGUGUAUUGCUAUUUUGCUAAACCUAUUCCCUGUAUUGAAUUAUGCUGUAUAUUAUUACUUUGAUGAAAGUGGCGGGUCAUUCCUUAAAUUCAUGAUCGAGAUCCUGUGUUUAAUAACUACAACAAACUUAAUAUCAUCACAACUUCGUGUUCAAAGUCUGCUUACAGCUAAGGAUACUUUAAAUAAACAGAUUUCCCGUAUGGUUCUUCCCUUGUUCACUGGAAUUAUUUUAUUGAAUAUGCACACAGAAUUUUUUAACACUUUGAACAAUAUACUCAGUUACUUGCCCAUAUUUACUGUGCAUUUUCUAGUCUUUUUAAUCAUAGUUUCAGUUACAUUGCUUAGAUACUAUCACCAAACAAUGAAAACAGAACUAUUUCUGAAGUUGAUGUCAGCAAUACUAUGUGUUAUGAUCAUUGGACUGUAUUGGAAUAACCUUUCGAAUGUGUUCAGAAUUUCUCGGCAGCCUUUCUGGAGGAAGAGAUCUAUAAAUCAUUUGUUUUGGAGUGGAAUUGUUAGUCUCAUAUUUUCGGUACUAACAAUGUUUGCUUAUGAAUAUGGGAAUCAAGAAAUAUUUGAUAUAAUCUUUGGUGUUUCUUUAUGCAUUCUACAUUAUUCCGAAUGGUGUUUAUAUAUGACCACUUAUAUUUCUGAAUCCUGGCUGUACAAUUCUUGCAUAAUCACUGUUGUGUCAGUAUUACUGGCAGCUGCAUCUACAAACCGAAGACGUUUCAUGAAUAAUUCCGUUUUAAAUCGGAGUUUUCCAGUAAAAAUUUUCAGUUGGAACGUUUUCGCUCCUUGUUGUUUAGUUCCAGCCGUCUUAAAACUUCUUUUACUGUGGAUAAAUGAAUAUGUCGAUAAUUCUACUCAUCAUAACACAUUAAAUCAUCGUGUACAUUAUAAUAAAGAUUUUGUUCUGGGUUUAUAUCUGCUACUUUUGGGAUUGUUUUGCAGCGAAAGGAUUUAUCAGCUUGGGAAACGAGUAGUUAAUCGCCUUUUAGAUUUUUAUCCAUUUUUCUCACCGAGUCGUAUUGCGAUUGGAUCAAUAAUGAUGGUGGGGUAUUUUUGUACCGCUAUCACUUUAGUCUGGUCCCAAGUGAUGUUACUUUCUAACGUGGAUACUGAUCUAUUUCUUACUUCAAAUAUUUAUAUUCUUAUUCAAUUUUCUAUUUCAUGUCUGGUGACCAGUUUAGCCUUAAUCCUACCUUCGGUAUUGAAUUUAAAUCCAAUAAGCUGUGAAAUGUAUGGUUAUUCUCGUAAUUUUGCUAAAAUUGGUUUAUUACUUUUAGCACUAACUUUUAAUUCAAUUCAGCUUGAUCUUAAUUUGUUUGGUGCUGUUGUCUACGUCGUAACUAUUCCUACAUGUAUAUUAUGCAUAAUCUGGAUGAUAUGUUUAUUCUCUUAUGCAACAUUGGAAUUAUAUUCUAUUAGUGUAUUUGUGUAUGCACUUCAGAAUGUGAUUUAUCCUGGUUUAUUCAUUCUGUCUGUUUCAUUCACCUCUAUGAUAUCAGUAAAUUUAUUUCCUCCCAACUUGACUGUAUUUCUGCUUUUCUCAAUUUUUGUAUCGUGUUUGGUUUGUUUUGUAAUUUGGGAUAUUAACGAUAGUUUAAUAACUGAUCAAAUUCAGUGUACGUUUACUAACUGCGAAUCUGAUACGAUAAUGACUAUGUUCGAAAAAGACGACAAUAGCAGUUCAUUGAAGAAAUCAUCGAAGAAAUUCUCAUCCGUUUCAUUGAAUAAUCCAAGACAUAGUCAUGUAGCUGUAUGCGAUUCAUUUUGUGAAUUACUUAUAAGAUUAAUUUUGUUAACUUGUUCAUUAGUUAGUUUAUUAAUUCUAUUAGUAUAUCUUGUUCAUCAUUUGGAAGUAUCUGUGGCUGAUAUUACUUGUCAGUUGUCUACAAUAUUCUCAUUGAAAAUAUUUUGUAUUGCACAAAUCUCCGUUGGAUAUCCCCAAAGAUGGCUCUGUGACAAGGUUCGAUGUCGGUCUGCUCGACUCAUUGACAAUGAUUCCAACGAUGUUUUACGAUUUAUUCUAAUAUCUAUAGUCAACGUUUGCAUUAUAUUAUCAGUUAUCCUUCGUUAUCUCUUCUGUCAAAGUUUGUCUACGGAAAUAGAAAUAUUCUUCCUUCCGUGGAUCAUCUUCACUUUUCAUGGUAAACAACUUCAUCGAUAUCGUCAUGUUUUAGCAUUAACCUGUUUCACUGUUCUUUUGUUGUACAUGGUGUUUAUUCAUUCACCAAUUGUGAAAGGUUAUGCACCAUCUUUGCCAACGUUUGAUCGUCAAUUUUUCGGUAGAACAAAUUCACCAUUGUAUUAUUGGAGUGAAUUUUUAUUAACUAUUGCAUUAUGUCCAUUGCAUGUAUUAUUUCUUGCAGAUCAAUCAAAUAUAACCACACAAGCUCUAGUUGAUAUACUUUUCUUAAAUCAAUUCAGUCAAUUACAUACACAUAAACAACAUUCAACUACAUUGUUAUCAUCAAUUCUAUGCUUUAAAUGUUUGAAAUUUCAAAUAGCAUAUACUUUAAGUUAUAUAUUUUCAUGCAUUUUGUAUACAGCUUAUGGUUUAUUACCAUUCUGCAUAAGUUAUUGGUUUGUAGCCAGCUCGUUGGCAUCGGCUAUUUUCGGUUUGUAUAGUUUUAUUAUUUGUUCUUAUUUAUUACUUCGUGUAGAUAUUGUCACAGACCAGUAUUCUUUUUAUUCGUACACAUGAAAUAAAUUUUAUUUGACGUGUUCCUCUUCGACUUAUUAUUAUAACGAAUGCAUUUUUAUCACUUUUUCAUCCUUUCCAAUUUUAUUAUUCUUCUGUACAUCUGUAAAUAUAGAUUUUGUACUAAAUUGUAAUAAUAAUAUAUGCUGUAAUGUACUCAACUUUUUUCUUCUCCGGUUUUUUCAAAAUCGUAAAUUAUUUUGUAUGUGCAUGUUUGUCCAGAUUGUUAUAUUUUGUGAAGAAUCUUAUAUACUUCAGACAGUGAGUUCCAACUGCCGAUUGAAAUAAACUGAAAUUACACAUUCCAAACUAAAGAGUACUGUUAAUAUAUUUUAUUUCUCACCAUUCCUCAGCCAUAGUAUUGAACUCAGAGCUUGCAUCGUACUGUAUACAUUCAGGUCUCUGAUAUGAAAUCUUUUGUUUCAUAUUUUUAUAUUUCAUAACUUUGUAAUGGAUGCAAUUCUUACUUAUUGUAACUGGUAUAAUAACUACUAAUAAUUUUUCACUAAUGAAUGUAAGUCUUCAUGAUUAUUCUUGAACAUGUAACGUAUUUUUUUUUAUGUCACUGAGAUAUUUUCUUUAAUAAACUUCUCAUUAUUGCU